ACUGCUUUUCUGCGGGCAACUCCACAACACACAGUUUUAAAUGAUCACAGCUAUCAUUGUUUUAACUGAGCAUUAACGCUUCUUAUUUUACAAGCACGAGAAGGUCGGGGUGGACUGUGUACUGUAACGCUGCGAGUGUGCUCAGGACACACGAGUCUCUGGACACAACUCUGUUCGAGUUCAGCAUCGUACAUCCAGAUCGGCGGUGCGAUGGCAGAUCCAUCAGACUCCAACACCACGACAGGGACAAAUAGCAGUGAUGAGGCGAGCACACCGUACAUCGCCUUUCUUCUGGUGCCUUUCUUCUUUCUGCUGGGACUUCUGGGGGUCCUCAUCUGUCACGUACUGAAGAGAAAGGGCUACCGCUGUACAACUGAGACAGAGGAAGAUGAGGAGCUGGAGAAAGAUGAUGACGAAGUGGAAAAAGAUCCAGAAAAAGGAGACUUUAACGAAACCUUUAGUGAUAGCAACGCUGACACAGUAGGACAAAUUGUUCACUACAUCAUGAAAAAUGAAGCCAACACUGAUGCACUCAAAGCCAUGGUUCAAGACAGCAUCGAAUCAGAAGGCGCCCCAGCGACGCCCACCUCUCCAAACACGCCCAACAGCCCCAUGAGCCCUGCCCUGCCAGGAUUUUCACCCAGCACGGCCAAACACACCUGUAACCACCUGCACACCAUCGGAGGAGUCAGUGGACAUAAGAACAUCUGCAAUCGCUGCAACCAAAAAAAAUGGCCUCUCAUGAGACGCUCGUCCAGCAAGAGGAUAGACAGACGCAGUCACGUGGGAGAGGUCACCGUGUUGUCUGUGGGCAGAUUCCGGGUGACAAAGUGUGACCCCAAAUUGGCCCGUGAUAGGCGGACCCUGCUGAUCACUGAGCCCAAUGGGAGUGUCCCUCCAUCCCCUGCUAAUGCUGACCCCCCUACACUUAGCACAGGUGCACAGUCUCAGGUGAAGGGGGACGAUGCAAAGUGAUAUCCGUACGGUUCUGACAGGUUCUCAGGCAACAUUUUAAAAAGGUUUUAAUCCGGAAGUCACACUUCCAAUAACGAGUUUAGGGCGAGAAAAAUGCCUUAAAGUACGAUAGACACGAGAACGGAGGAAUAAAGCAGGAUGUCGGAAAAUGACGCAAAACCUCCAAACUGCCGUGUGGUGUGUCAGUCGUGGACAGAGAGAAGCCAUUUUACAUAGGUUAACCUGUCACCAUGACAACCCACAUUUCACAGACACACUCGCGUCAUCAAUGACUAAAGCGUGUCAAUGGUUAAUCAAACCAGGCACCGUGGUCAGAUAUCAUUGUCGUGUGCCUCUUCACUUCCGGAAGGAAGAAGUCUCUUCUUUUGUUUCCUCUUUUUAUUUGCAAGCUGUGAUACAGACGUGAAAACAGAGCCGUGAGAUUUCUUACUGUUUACAAUCCAAACAUUGUUUUGUUUGUUUAUUUUAACCCAGCUAUUGACAUUGGAUUACAUGUGCUCUUCUCUGAAUACACCUUUUUUCACCAUUGGUUUUUAUGACUUUAAAUUGUCUAUUAACAUUUGUGCGUAAAUCGAUGUAAUUGCAUGUUUAUCUGCUUGGCACACAUUCAUUGACUGGAGAUGUAUACUGUAAGGUCUUAAUUGGUCACUUAAUGUAUCGCUGUAAUUAUUGCUUUAUUUCACUAUAGUCUGCCAAACACACUGCGAUUCACAAUUGUAAAGCGUUUUUUUAUGGUCAUGAAAAAGCAUCAGUGUAGCUUGCAUGCUUUUUCAGCACUCCAGAUGCUCGCAUAAUAUAUGCCUCAAGUAUAAACUAGAAAAGACAAUUUCCUUCACUAUACUUACUUAACAUAAUUGUAGUUAAAUGUAUGGUACCAUAUAGGCAAAAAUGAAAGACUUAGUAGUUGUGGGGACUGGGAUCUGAGCAUUUUAACCAAAACAAAUUCUCAAUAAAUAUAGAUUUCAGAUUGCCUUUUAUUAUUAGGAUUUUGGUUUGUGCCAUCGGUUUUAUUUUACAGCCAGCAUUUAAACAGAAACCUAUUAAACACCAAUCAAGAUUUCUAUAUCUGCUUCCACAAUGGCAGAAAGUAGUUUGUUUAAAAGCCUUGCUGUUCAAACUGUCUUUGAAGAAAUUCAGACUGAAAUACUGUACAGAAAUAUUAUAUUAUUAUAUGUACAGGUCUUAUUUGAGAUCACAAAGCAUAAAUAAAUGAACAAAUGUAACAGAAAAAAUUGGAAGACUUGCACAGGUAUGUAAUCGAGUUGUUAAAUGUAUAUGCAUAUGAUGAUGAGUGCUUAAAUCUUUUAUAUGGAGAAUUUAUACAUUAAAAGAAUUAAACACAUUUUGACUGAUUGUUUCUAUGACCUUCUAAAAAGACAAUAAACACGCCUCUCCAU